AUGGACAAGAUCAGAGAGCGCAUGGUCGCCCUCCGCGCCGAGGCUGAUGAGGCCCACGAGCUCGUCGAUGAGCUCAAGGCCAAGGUCAAGACAUUGGAACAGGAGAAUUUGUCCAAGGAACAAGAGAUCACAUCGCUCAACCACCGUAACCAGCUUCUAGAGGAAGAGGUUGAGAAGGCAGAGACCGCCCUCAAGGAGGCUAAGGAGGCUGCCGGCCAGAGCCUCCAGCACGACACUCAGAACGAGGCCCUUCAGCGACGGGUGCAGCUCCUUGAGGAGGAGGCCGAGGAGAACGACAAGACUCUGCGGGAAACAAACGAGAAGCUCCGCCAAACCGACAUCAAGGCUGGUCACUACGAGCGGAAGGUGCAGGCACUCGAGGACCAACACGCCAAGCUGGAGCAAAGAUAUGAGGAUGCGAUCAAGGAACACAGCACUGUGAAGAAGGAGCUGGACGACCUUGCAUCCCAGAUGGCCGACAUCUAA